AUGGAGCACGUCAAGCUGGCGCACGGCGGCCUGCACGCCGGCCUGCACGGCAACUCGCGCGCCGGGGUCCUCCGCGGGGUGGUGAAGCCGCAGCGUGGCGGCGUGCGCUGCUGGGUGCUGGCGGCGGGCAUCGCCCUCGCCGUCACCUUCGUCUUCGUCGGCAUCACGCUGUGGCUCGGGCUGAGCGCCGCCACCAGGAUGGCCACGCCCACCGAACGGCCCCGCGACCCGUUCCGCGACCUCAGGGUGGCGCCGCCCCCGCAGCCGCAUCCGCAGCCGGUGCCGCCGGCACCCACGCGCCAGCCGCCAGCGCCCGCCGUGCACCUGCCCAAGAAGCGCAAGGGGCAGGUGGAGAAGGUGCAGCAGCCCGACGCGACGGCAGGGGACGCUGUCGCCACGCCGACGCCUUCAACAACGCCGUCCACGACAACCACGACCACCACGACAACGACGACAACGACGACCACCAGCACAACCCCUCCGCCGGAGCAGGAGCCCAUGACGCGGCCGCCCCCACAGCGCGACGUGGACGCGGACGCGGACGUGGACGUCCUCACCCGUCAACCACUGCAGAGCGCCGUGGUGCCCCCAGCGCCGCCGCCAGCGCUGUCCACGCCGCCUCCGUCGUCCUUCCGGCCGUCUCCGCCGGCACGACGCCCACCCCCGCGAGUGUGGUCGCCGCCGCCGCCACCCUCCGCGCCGUGGUCCCCUCCGCUGGAGCUGCGGCCGCCGCCGGUGCCGCUGCCGGCCGACGACCCCAUGGUGGCAGAGGCAGCCACUGCACCGGAGUGGCGGCACGGCAUCGUGGCCGAGCCCCCCAUGGCCGUGGACGAGCCCUUCCACUACGACGGCGCCGCCCCCGAGGAGGCAGAGAGCCCCGUGCUCGUGUUCAUGCAGGACCGCCUGCACUCGCUCAAGGAGUGGCUGGCGGCCACGCACGCGGGCCAGGACUGGCAGGACAUGGUGGGCGCCGUGAACGCCUCGCUGUACCGCGCCGACCCCGCGCCCGCGCUGCGACACCUGCGCGAGAUGUACUACAACACGUCGCUGAGCGCCGCGGACGGCGACGUGCCGCUCGCGUCCCUAGUGUACCCCACGGACCCCGCCGUGCUCAGCAACUCGUCCAGCCUCGUGUCCUUCGGGCUGCUGGCCUUCGACCUGCUGCUGCUCCGCAACGUGCAGCUGCUGGCCCGCGGCGAGGACGGCCCUGCCGGCCAGCGCGCCGAGCAGCUCAUGAAGGACCCCGAGGUGCAGGCGCUGGGCGCGCUCUUCAUGCCGCCCCAGGAGGUGCGCCAGCUGGUGCACCAGGACCAAGACUCGUCGCAGCUGUCGGUGCGCAUGCGCGGCGGCUCGGACGACGAGGAGGCCUCGGGGUCCAGCGAGGAGGUGACGCUGGGCGCCGUGGUGCAGGAGGUGACGUCCUUCCUGUCGUCGGGGCUGCGCGCCGUGCUCAACCUGGGCAGGGCGUACCGGGCCACCGUGGCGGCGGCGCGCAGGGCGACCGCGGCGCAGCAGCGGGACAGUCAGGGCUGGCAGACGUCGAAGAGCCCCCUGGACUGCCUGUGGACGCUGUACUGCAGGAGCCUGGACAAGACGGCUCGCCUCAGCGGCCCCUACGGCUUCCUCGCCAAGCUCAACGGGCUCGGGCUGCGACUGCUGCUCGGCACCGUGCCCGUGGACCAGGCCCUGGACCUGCUCGUCAGGGAGGCCACCGUGGGCUGGGGCGGCAUGGACUGCGGCAAGCUGUUCCCGAGGUGCAGUGCCGCGGACGCCGUGCCGGUGGUCCUGGACACGGCGCUGGGCCGGACGCCGGUGCUCUGAGUGGCUCCGAGGCGAUCCGGGCAGCUCGCCGUGAAGCGCCGUGAAGCGCCGUGAAGCAGGUGUCGAUCCCCGACUUCGACUUCGACUUCCCCGACGCGGUGGAGCGGGAAGAGCACGGCAGCAAGGCGGCAAGGCGGGGCGGGCGCGGCCA